UACUUUUACAAUACAUCUCUAUAAACAUUUGCAGUUUGUACCUACAGAAAGGCACACUGUCUGACACUUCAUCACAGAAACAGUUUAUUCCCCCUCCGACACGUGAAAAGUGGUAUGGUCCAGAGGGCGCGAGGCUCCAAACUGUUUUGGUUGUCAGGGCGAAGAAGCAAUCAGGAUGGAGGAGAAGAUGAGCGAGGAGAAUACUGAGGAGGUGAGGGUGCUGGAGGCUCAGAUUGAGUGUCUCCAGGCUGAAGUUGCAGCAUUGCAGCACCAACAGCAGGACAACCACAAGGAAAUAACUUUCCACUUCAGAGGACAAAUGCAGGAUGCCAUGUCAUAUAUAUGUGGACAGAGACAAGGAGGAGGGAAGGAGAAGGUGCUGUUCAGGCUGAAGGAGGAGGUGGAGGAGCUGGAGGAGGACCUGAAGCAGCAGACACAGAUGAAUGGCAUCAGUCUGAACAGCUGCACCACAAAGACUCUGCAAAGCAGUGGCGGGAAGCUGGUCCAGCAGCUUUGUGUAUCAGGCCACUGCUCUGAACUAGUCUUUCAGGUGGAGUUCCAGCUCUCUGAGGUCACGGUGGGUCAGAGGUCUGAGAGGAAGAUCAGUGAUCUGAACGUGGUCAUGGAUGCCAGUGACCUGCAGAACUUCAGCAGUUUUCUAUCUGGGGUAGAGGAGAGCAGGGAUCUUCUGCUGUUCUUCAGGACUCUCAGGACUUUCUCAGACAGAUGUAAUGACCGGCGCAGAACCUUCCAGCACUUCCAGGAGAAGUAUCCGUCCGUCGUCUCCCUUUCUGGAGGCUGCAGGUCAGAGGUCAUGACCCUGAAUCAUCCCGAGCUUCCUGGCUGCGUCUUGUUCGUUCAUUGGUCGGUUGAGGUUUCCAGAGAGGGCGGAGUCACUCCAAAGAUCGACCUGCUGACAAAGAUCCCUGAGAGAGCGCUGCAGUUGCUUCCCUCUCAGGCUGUAGGCGGCGCUGCUGAGGCCUUUCAGAGCCUGCUGAGGAUUCUGGGACCUGAAGCGGCCAUGGAGUCUGUCAUCAGGGCGGUCAGCCUUUCACAGGACACAUAACUCACAUCUUCAUCUCUGUGCAGAACUACAGGUUAAAAUGUAAAACACUGUUCACUGCCAGCUGUCUAGCCUUCAUGAAAACCUUUUAUAUUUUAAACAUGUCACAACUGAGCUGAUGUACAGAUAAAGUCAACACGGAUCAGUAAAGACACAGCGAUGGUUUAGUCUCUUAGAAAUCUUUAUUCAAUAGAAAGAGCUCGACUGUGACGGCUGUAACAGCAGAGCUCAUUGGUCAAAAUCUACAAAAAUAAAUAAUUUAAAUACAAAA